AGCUGCAUCGUAUCACGACUCCGCCUCUUUUUCCAGGCUACCACAAGAGAAAGAUGGUCAAGGUCAAGAGUCACUCCACCCUGCACAUCCCGGAGGGCGUCACCGUGGAGGUGAAGGGCCGCAAGGUCACCGUCACCGGCAAGCGCGGCACCCUCACGAAGGACCUGACGCACCUGCAGCUGGACUUCCGUGUCGACAAGAAGAACCGCACCCUCACGGCGAUCCGCUGGUUCGGCUCUAAGAUCCCGAUCGCGUGCCUGAACACCGCCAAGGCGCACAUCAGCAACAUGAUCACCGGCGUGACGCGCGGCUACCGCUUCAAGGUCCGCUGCGCCUACGCGCACUUCCCCAUCAACGUCUCCGUCGAUGGCCAGAACAUCGAGGUCCGCAACUUCCUCGGUGAGAAGCGCGUGCGCCGCCAGCUGGUGCCGAGCAGCGUGUCGGUGUCCCAGACCGACCCGGCCCAGGUCAAGGAUGAGAUCAUCUUCGACGGCAACGACAUCGAGCAGGUGUCCCGCGAGGCCGCCCUGCUGCAUCAGAUGUGCCUGGUCAAGAACAAGGAUAUCCGUAAGUUCCUGGACGGUAUCUACGUGCAGACCAAGACGAACAUCGUGGUCGAGGAAUAA